AUGUCUUUUCAAAUGAUCAAAUUUCCACAAAGAUUCUAUUCGAUAUUUGGCCAUUACAGUUCAGUAGCGAUAAGGUCUUUCGCGACCACAACUGGUAGCAUAAAUUUUUCACUGAACGAAGUUCAGAAAGAGUUUCAAGGGCUUGCGCGUAAUUUCUCUCGUGAAGUGAUCGCUCCGAACGCUGCUCAUUAUGACAAAACCGGAGAGUAUCCUACUGAGAUUAUAAAAAAAGCUUGGGAACUUGGUUUAGUAAACACACAUAUUCCCCAAGAAUAUGGUGGAAUCGGCCUUGGUGUGCUUGAUUCUAGUCUAAUCUCUGAAGAACUAGCUUGGGGCUGCACUGGCGUUCAAACAGCGAUUGAGGCAAAUGGACUCGCAGAAGCACCGUUACUCGUCGCAGGAAAUAAAGAACAGAAUAAAAAAUAUUUAGGCCGUAUGACCGAGGAGCCAUUAAUGGCCGCAUAUUGUGUUACUGAGCCGGGCGCGGGUUCUGACGUUGCUGGAAUUUCAACAAGGGCGGAAAAGAAAGGCGAUAAAUGGGUCAUUAAUGGUCAAAAAAUGUGGAUUACCAACGGAGGAAAGGCCAAUUGGUAUUUCGUCUUGGCACGUACGGAUCCUAACGCUAAACCUGGUUCUGCAUUUACGGGAUUUAUUGUGGACGCGAACACGCCAGGAAUUACUGUCGGUAGAAAAGAAAUUAAUAUGGGACAACGCGCUAGUGAUACACGAGGGUUCAAAAUUGCCAUGGCAGCAUUUGAUAUUACUCGUCCCUUAAUUGCCGCCGCUGCCGUAGGAUUGGCGCGUCGUGCACUAGAGGAAGCUACUAGAUAUUCUCUUGAGAGACGAACUAUGGGUAAACCAAUGUUAGUAUUGUUAAUCGUUGU